AUGGAACAGUAUGAAAAAUAUGAAGAAAGGAAAAUUUUAAGUAACGACGUUCAGACGUCUAUAAUUGAAGGAGAAAAACUUACAAAUAAAUUUAGAAACAGAGGAUUGACAAGAGAUAAACGAGCAACUAUAAGUUCUGUGUUAGAUAAUAGGACUUUAAUUAUUUUAAGAAAAUUAAAAGAUAAUAUUUAUAAUGACAUAUAUGGUGUUAUUAGUGCAGGUAAAGAAGCUUAUGUAUUUAAUUCUUUAAAAUAUAUUAAAGAUGAGGAAUUAAUUUCUUUGAAAGAUAUAUUUAUUAACCACUUGAAAAAAAUAUAUAAAGAAAAUGUAAAUGUAAAUAUAAAUAUAAAUAAUAAUAUCAAUGGAAAUAUAAUUUAUAAUCAAAUGAAAAAUAUUCAUGAUCAGUGUAACGAUGUUGAUAAUGAUAUGUGUCAAGAUUUUGAAAGUGAUAUAAAUGAUUAUGAACAAAGCGAAGAUACUCAUUCUUACAAUAAUGAUGAAUAUAAUAAUGAAUUAUAUAAUAAAAAUAAAAAAAAAGAUGAAAUUGGAGAUGACACAGAUGGGUGUGAUGAUAAUGAGGAUGAUUAUAUAUAUAAUUAUAGAUAUAAUAAUAACGAUGAUGAAAAAGAAAAUGGUUGUAAAAAAGAAGAUACGUUAUUAGAAGAAAAAAAAGAAUCGAACAAUACAUAUAAUGAAACUUUUGAUAUAAUUAAAGAAAUGAAUGAUAUAUGGUUGUAUGAUAAUAAUAAUAAUAAAAAAAAGAGAAUAUCACAUAUAAUUAAUAUAUUAGAUGAAACAAAAGAAAAAAAAGGUAUAGCAUUAGCAACAAAAGUAUAUAAUACGUCUAUUUUAGUUUUUAAGAAAAGAUCUCAAUAUAUUGAAGGAGAAUUUAGAUUUAGAAAUGCAUAUACGAAAAAUACGAAUCCAAGAAAAAUGGUUAAACAAUGGGCAGAAAAAGAAUUUCGAAAUUUAAGAAGAAUUUUAAUAUGUGGAUUAAGAUGUCCAUAUCCAUUAGUAUUAAGAAGUAAUGUUAUUGUAAUGAGUAUGAUUGGUUAUAUAGAUAAUGCAUGUCCUAAAAUGAAAGAUCUAAAUUUUGAUAUAUUAAAAUGGAAAGAAUUAUAUAUUGAAUGUAUAUGUAUAUUAAGAUUAUUAUUUUUUAAUUGUAAAUUAGUGCAUGCAGAUUUCUCAGAAUAUAAUUUACUCUAUUUUUGUAAUCAUAUAUAUAUAAUUGAUGUUUCUCAAUCAAUGGAACAUGACCAUCCAUAUUCUUUGGAAUUCUUAAAAAGGGAUUGUUUAAAUAUUACCAACUUUUUUAAAAAAAAAAUUGGAACCAUCGUGCAACAAACACAACAGACGAAUUUGUAUAUGAAGAGUAAUGAGGAGAAGAUGGAAAAUAAAUUACAUGUGGAAAUUAAUGGGGUGCAACAAAAGAAUACAACUGGUCAUGUGGAAGGUAAUAAUAUUACAAGUUAUGGUGAUCCAUGUGAUAUUGAUCCAUGUGAUAUUGAUCCAUGUGAUAUUAUUCCGUGUGAUGAUAAAACAAAAAAUAUAUGCCCACAAAAUGACUUGUCCAAAUUAUUCAAUUUUCCAGAUAGCCAAUUUUACGAAUAUGUCGGAAUAUUGCCAUUAAAAGUUUUAUUUGAUUUUAUUGUUUCAUCUUCAUUACCUGAUGAUAUUGUAUAUUUUUUAGAAAAUGAUAAAAAGAAAAUUUCUUUAAACCCUUAUGAAAUAAUUUACUUACAAAUAUUUGGUUUAAUAAAAAAUACAACUCCUAUAGCCAAAUUAAAUUUAAAAAAAAUACAAAAGAAUAGAAUUUAUUUUGAAAAAUUAAAGAGAGCUACAUGUUACUAUGUAACCAAGUUUAUCAGUGAGAAAAAAAAAAAAUUAGAAAAAUAUUCCAAAAAGAAUUCACAAAAAUAUGCACAUAGAGAUGAAGUAGAAGAACAGGUGUUUUUGAGCUCAUGGAUCCCAUCAUAUUUAAAUGAAAUAAAAGAUAUAAGAACCAUAGAAAAAGAUUUAAAACUUUUAAAAAAAGGAAAAUCUAUUGUCAAUAAUUUUUUAUCUAAGCACAGUGAUGAUGAAAACAAAAAAAAAGAAAAAAAAGAAAUAUACAAAAAAAAUGAAGUACAUAUUGAUUCACCUAUAUUUUGUGAAGAAAUAAACCAAAUGGAUGUAAAUAAAAUAAAUGAUACAUUAUAUAUAUCAAAUGAAAAUAUUUUUGAAGAAAAUAUAAAACAAUAUGAUGAUGAAUAUAAAGAAACAAACCAAGAAGAAAUAAUUAUUGAACAAGAUAAGAAUGAAGUAAAUGAAAUUGUGUCUAAUUCCAAUACAUUGUUAAAUAUUAUACAAACAAAUUCAUGCGAUGAUAUAUCAAAGUCAAAAGAUUCGGAUACGUCAAUUAUUGAUGAUGAAUCUGAUUCAUGUGAAAAAAGUGAAGACGAAGAAAACAAUUCUAAUGUAGAUGAAGAGGAAGAAGAAGAAGAAGUAAAAUUUAAGGGUAUAAUUCCAGAUGGUAUUACAAGAAAAGAAUGGAGUAAAUUAGUAAAAGAACAAAAUAGAGAAAAAAGAAAACAUAAAAUACCAAAAUAUCAAAAGAAAAAAAAAAAAAAAAAAGCUCACAUCAAAAAAAAAAAAUAA